AUGGUUCUCACCGAGCGCCGCGCGUUCACCACCCCAUCCUUUCCUGACCCCCCUCUCGUGCUCGCGAUCGAACACGAUGCCGAAACGGUCCCUUUACGAACCGGAUGUCGCCUCUGGAGCGCCUCAUUUGCGCUCGUCGAGCACUUGUGUCGAAAUAAACACGUCGUCGAGGAAAAGCGAGUGUUGGAGCUCGGCGCCGGCGUCGGCGCGUGCGGCCUGGCGUGCGCGCGCCUCGGCGCUUCGAGCGUCACUUUGACGGAUUUCGACGCCGCAACCUUGACUCUGGCGCACGCGAACGCUUUGAGGGACGGAUGGUUCGACGGGACGAAGGCGUGCGACGUGAGCGUGCGGCGGCUGGACUGGGGCGACGCGGAGACGUACGACGAGAACGGCCGUUCAUACGAUGUCGUCGUCGCCGCGGACGUGGUGUACCUGGAGGAGCACGCGCGAGAGUUGGCGCGAGCGGUGGACGCGCACGUGAGCGCGAGUGGUGUAUUCGCGUGCGCGUUUGGCGUGCGCAAGCCAGAGCUCGCUGAAGCGUUCGCCGAGGCGCUUCGCGAGCACGGUUUCCUCGUGAAAACGCGAGCGCUGGACUACGUGAGCGAAGACAUGCGCGCGACGGCAGCAGAGCACGCGCACGACGGCGAGAUCACGUCGAAGGGGGGAUAUAGGUUAUUAGAAGCGACUCGCGCGGACGAAGACGAAGACGCGGAUUUAGCACUCGCAGAUUUCGCAAAGGAUUUUGAGGACUUUGAAAUCGAUGUGAGUGAGCGAUCGGCGCGUCGUCCACGCGAUGAAAACGAAGAAGACAGAGGGACGACGAUACGCGUCGAUUUCAGCGACGCGUGCGCGUGCCUUGUGGACGUUGAUUCGAAGGAAAUUGCAGAGGGAAAACCGAGCGCCGACACGGUGCGUCGCGCGGCGGAAAGUUUAGUCGUGCACGGAUUCGUGGUGAUGCAACCCGCCAGCGAGUCCGAUGCGCAGGCGAUGGUGCCUCGCGACGUUCUCGAAGAGUGCAGAAGGGCGAGUGAUACUCAUUUGAACGAGCUCCUCUCGCGGGUCGAGGCGCAAGGCCUCAACCCAAGGCUAGACAUAUUUCGAUUCGCCGAAAUAUGUUCAAGAGCGCGAGGCGGGAUGCGAUACGAUUACACGCGACCUGAUAGCGAGCGGGUGAGGGCGCUAGAGACACUAAAAUGCACUCGCGCGAUUCACUCAUGGGAGAGUUUACAGCGUUUCGCAGCGCCGUGGGUGGAACCGGCGCUUGCAGAGGCUUAUGGCGCCGAACGCGAUUUCGCCGUGAAAUCCGUUGGAUGUGUGAGCUCCGAACCUGGAGCGCCCGAACAGCACUUCCACGCCGACGGUCGCGUGUUCGGCAUAUUUAACGUUUUUGUGCCAAUGAGUGCGGUGUCCACAAUCGAGGGUCCGACGGAGUUUAUUCAUGGAAGCCAUCAAUGGGAUCACAACGCCGCGCACGUGACGACGCCCGAUCAAAAAGCCCAAGCCGCGGCGCCUCGAUUUCAACCCGAGCUCCGCGUGCCUGGUUCGUUGCUCGUUUACGACUAUCGCGUCAUGCACAGAGGCGGCGCAAACGCCUCGACGAGACGCCGACCGCUCGCCUACGUCAUGUACGGUUCUAGUGGCACGCGCGAUUCCUGGAACUUCCCGCUGGACGACUCGAUUUGGGAAGAUUAG